ACGCGGAAGGGUUAAACGUAAAGCAUGUUGCUUCGGCGCGGUGGAUGAAUGAAAGCUACUUCAGAAAGAUCGACUACUGAAUUUUUUUUACUUUGUAUGUUGAUUAAUUUACAUUACAAACUGCAAAUCAACGCCGAAUAAGGUUUUUUUUGAGAGCAAGAAGCUGCUGUUGGUGGGGUGAUAAUCAGCAGAAAACAUGGCUGGAAUUCUGUUUGAGGAUAUUUUUGAUGUGAAAGACAUUGAUCCUGAUGGCAAAAAGUUUGACAGAGUGUCUCGUCUUCACUGUGAGAGUGAAUCAUUCAAAAUGGACCUCAUCCUGGAUGUGAACACUCAGAUUUACCCUGUUGACCUUGGAGAUAAGUUCAGACUGGUAAUCGCCAGCACGCUGUAUGAGGACGGCACUCCAGAUGAUGGAGAGUACAACCCCACAGAUGACCGACCGUCGAGGGCAGAUCAGUUUGAUUACGCCAUGUACGGUAAAGUGUAUAAGAUCGAGGGAGACGAGACAUCGACAGAAGCAGCAACACGACUUUCUGCAUAUGUGUCGUAUGGUGGCCUGCUGAUGAGACUUCAGGGUGAUGCCAACAACCUGCACGGCUUUGAGGUGGACUCUAGAGUUUACCUGCUCAUGAAGAAACUUGCCUUCUAACACACUUGUGUGUUGUUUUUGUGUUUGUCUUCGUUGUGCUCAUGAUGACAUCAUGAGGGACAUGCAGCUCUUAAAACUACAGCUGUUUUAUAAAAGCUGGGGAAGAGUCAAACCCAAAGUGGUAAUGAUGUAAAUAAAACUUUUAUAUGUAUUUA